AUGGGCAAGUCCUAUAACAACGCAGUUGCCGAGCAGGAGAUCACGAAACUACGGGCCCAGUUGUACCAAAGUGCCCACGACGCGACGACGUACCUGGAAGCACUGAAACACGGCCUUGCGGUCUACGAUCGGGUGCACCACUUGCAUCAUUCAAAGUCCGUGUCGUGUUUCUUCAGCGACGGUCUCGACCACGCGAAAGAAGCGGUGAAAGCCCUCAAGCACGUCGCUGAUCACAUGCACAAAGACGCUCGAACAAUUGAGAGCACUUCUGUGUGUCGAGCCAUGGAGCAGGCGUUCAAUACACUGGCGGAUCUCCACAAAGUGGCCGACGCCUACGACACGGAGUUUCCACCACCUGGCAAGAAACUACCAACUUCCGAGACGGUCGAGUGGCUCGUGAGCACCACGCGCGACGCCAAGUUCACUGGCUUUGCGCCAUUGCAGAAGCAGAUUGUCGAGGUGCAGUUGGCGACGCACGAGAUUGAAAAGCCUUCGAUCACGACCCUUGCGAAAGAGGUCAUGCACAAUGCCGUGAGCAAGAUCGAAGACAAGAUACUGGGCGACGACCGACAAGACAAGUGCACGAAAACCACCUGA